GACUAUGUAUUCGAUUUUUUUUUUUUUUAAAUUUGCUGCUAAAUCUACAUGUACAUUGAAAAAACAGUAGUGCGUAAAAUUAUGUUCCAAUGAAUUGAUAUGAAUAUCUAUGAUUCACCAUCUAUGAAGUUGUUUAAAUAAAUAUUUGCAGGAAAUUAAACGGAAGAAUUUCUUGGCUGCACAAUAGUUUACAGCAACACAAGAACUUUUAUAAUACGUCAAGAAAAUUACUAAAAGAGAAAAUGUGGAAGCUUAAAUUGUCGGAAGGGAAAGAUGAACCAUGGCUUAGAAGUGUAAACAAUCACAUUGGUCGUCAGUAUUGGGAGUUCUAUCCAAACCUCGGAACACAAGAAGAACGAGAACAAGUCCAAAAACUUCGUGCAAAAUUUCACAAAAAUCGUUUCGAGAUCAAACAGAGUUCCGAUCUCCUAAUGAGAAUGCAGUUUGAGAAGGAGAAGAGACAUGAAAUGGGAUUGCAACAAGUGAAAGUUGGAAGUGAGGAAGAAAUAAGUGAAGAAGCAGUGGUGAGAACGUUGAGGAGAGGGUUGAGGUUUUACUCUACCAUCCAAGCUCAUGAUGGCCAUUGGCCUGCUGACUAUUCUGGUCCUUUAUUUCUUUUGCCUUUUUUGGUUAUAAGUUUAUCAGUGAUGGAGAUGAUAAAUGCAAUUUUGAAAGAGGAGCACCAAAAGGAGAUCCUCCGCUACAUAUAUAAUCAUCAGAAUGUAGAUGGAGGAUGGGGAUUACAUAUAGAAGGACACAGCACCAUGUUAUGUACUGCCCUCAAUUAUGUGAGUUUGAGAAUUCUUGGAGAAGAAAUGGAUGGUGGAAAUGGUGGCAUGAAGGAAGCAAGAAAAUGGAUACUUGAUCAUGGUGGUGCUACUUUUAUUCCCUCAUGGGGAAAACUAUGGUUCUCGGUACUUGGUGUAUAUGAAUGGGGAGGCAACAAUCCUCUUCCACCAGAACUAUGGCUUCUUCCAUACAUUGUUCCCAUACAUCCAGGUCGCAUGUGGUGUCACGCUCGGAUGGUAUAUUUGCCAAUGUCAUAUUUAUAUGGGAAAAGAUAUGUGGGCCCAAUUAAUUCCACCAUUUUAUCACUGAGGAGGGAGCUUUACAAUCAUGAUUACCACCAAAUUGAUUGGAACUUGGCAAGAAACCAAUGUGCUAAGGAAGAUUUAUACUAUCCUCAUCCAGCAAUACAAGACAUUGUGUGGGAUGGUCUGCACAACAUAGUCGAGCCUCUUCUAAAUAAAUGGCCAUUCAAUUAUCUAAGGAAAAAGGCACUCACCCUUGCAAUGGACCACAUUCAGCAUGAAGAUGAGAUCUCUAACUAUGUUUGCAUUGGGCCUGUCAACAAGGUCUUAAACAUGCUUUGUCGUUGGAUAGAGGAGCCAGACUCAUUUGCAGUCAAACAUCACCUCUCAAGAAUUAAGGAUUAUCUCUGGCUAGCUGAAGAUGGCAUGAAAAUGACGGGAUAUAAUGGAUCGCAAUUGUGGGAUGUUGGUUUCGCCGUUCAAGCAAUUAUAGCAACCAAUCUUUGUGAUGAAUAUGGCUCAAUGCUUAGAAAAGCACACUUCUUCAUCAAUGUCUCACAGAUUAAGGAAGAUAGGGGUAUCAACAUGAGCUCCUGGUAUAGGCAUAGUAGUAAAGGUGGAUGGCCCCUCUCCACACCAGACGAUGGCUGGUCUAUUUCCGAUUGCACUGCAGAGGCUCUAAAUGCAGCAUUAAUGUUGUCAAGAAUGGCAGAUGAUAUUGUUGGAGAAGCAAUAGAACCUAGUAGGUUAUAUGAUGCUGUCGAUUUUCUUCUCUCCCUACAGAAUAACAGUGGAGGUUUUGCAACAUAUGAGCUCACGAGAUCUUAUCCAUGGCUAGAAAUGCUUAAUCCAUCGGAAACUUUUGGAGAAAUCAUCAUUGAUUACCAGUAUGUGGAGUGCACCUCUGCAGCAAUCAUUGGUCUAAAAUAUUUCAGAAAAUUGCAUCCUGGCUACCGAAGGAAAGAAAUAGAAGCAUGCAUUAACAAGGCUCUUACUUUCAUACAAACCAUCCAACUCCCUGAUGGCUCCUGGUAUGGAUCUUGGGGAGUGUGCUACACUUAUGGGACAUGGUUUGGCAUAAGAGGUUUGGUUGGUGGGGGCAAUACAUAUGAGAGUUGCCAUGGCAUUAGGAAAGCUUGUGAUUUUCUACUUUCUAAGCAACUCCCUUCUGGUGGCUGGGGAGAAAGCUAUCUUUCAUGCCAGGACAAGGUAUAUACAAAUAUUGAAGGCAACAAAUGGCACAUUGUGAACACUGCAUGGGCUAUGCUGGCUCUUAUUGAAGCUGGUCAGGCCAAGAGAGAUCCCACCCCACUCCACCAAGCAGCUAAAGUGUUAAUCAAUUCCCAGAUGGAAAAUGGAGAUUUUCCACAACAGGGUAUUAUGGGAGUAUUUAACAAGAACUGCAUGAUAGGCUACUCUACCUACAGAAACACUUUUCCCAUAUGGGCCCUUGGAGAAUAUCUAAAUCAAGUAUUACUGCCACCAAAAACAUAAUUAUGUAUUUAUUUAGUACCCAUUAAAUGUCUAAAAUGUGUGUGCAAUGUGUAAUAACUAUAAUGUUUGUGCUUUGGAUGCCUUAUCCAUAUAAUGUAAAUAGAUAAAAUAAUGUAAAAUUUGACUUU